AUGCAAUUGUUCCUAUACCUCAUGACCACAUCGAUAUCAUUAAUGUUGAUCAUGGAGAACGACGCUACCCCAUUAAUGUCAUUACUGGAUGGCACUUUCCUGGACAGUUACAAUUACUCGACAGAAAGCCGGGAAGGCAGGCUGAGCUCCUAUCCAUUGGGUAAUGCAAAAGUAUGGAAUACCUCUAAUAUAAAACCCACUAGAUUAAGUAAAAUGUUUAGCCGAGAAGAUCAGAAUGAGAUUAAGAGAAAAAUUAUCGAUAAAGAGGAACAAAUAAGAAUUGAGAGAUUAUGGGAUCCCAUUCUUAAUCAAAGCUACGACUUUUCUAGCUUUAAGGAUUACAAUAACACUUCUAAUAUAAGACCCAUUAGAAUAAGUAAAAAGUUAAGCCGGAUAGAUCGAGAAAAUAUGCAAUAUAAAAUGGCAGACAAAAAAGAACUAACAAUUGAUAAUUUGAGGAGUUCUACAUUUAAUGAAACCUAUAACUCUUCGAUCCUAGAGGGUUAUAAUAACGGAAGCCAAAGAUAUGAAAAUAAAAUCGAAGAAAAUGAAUUGGUGUAUCAAAAUGUUUCGGAAGUCACCCAAACCACAACCAGUUUAAAAUUCGAUGACUUAUCAGAAACGGAAGCAGAUUGGUUUCCUCUCUAUAAUAAAAGCUCUACCUGCGACAAUUCUAAUAUUUCAUUGCCUGGCAUUACAUCAAGUGCUAAUUCUCUACAAGACACUUCAGCAAGAAGUUCAAAAAUAAAAGUAUAUCCACUAAAAAUGAAAAUAUUCCUAAGGCCGGAACUAAAGUUUGGACAGACAUAUUCCAUAUUCACGACUAUUCCCAGUCUGGGCAAGGAAAAUUUUGUGCUCAGACUUACAGUAGAUACCAAUGAUUAUUUAAUCGAUGAAGUUGUAACGGCAGUCGAUAUCGCAUUUUCAGGCUGGCAUAAAACAUCGAAUUUGCAGAGUUUAUUGAAAAAAUGGGGCAUUUUAAACCAUCGACUUUCCUAUAAUCAAUGCUAUUACUAUCGCAGUACAGCUAGUUUUUUCAAUACGAAACACAAAUACGUCAUCGGCAAAAUAAGUUCAAUGGAAAACAGAAAAAAGUUACUGGCAAAAAUGGUGCGUUCAAAAAUUAAAGUGCGGAAACCUCGAAAUGUAAGAUGUCUACCCUCCUUGAACUUAGAAUUCUGCAAGAAUCCCAACGAGCCUGUGGAGGUGUCACCCUGGGGUCACCUCGAAUUUUUCGCAACUAUAAGCGAGGACUGUCCCACAGUGGACUAUGAAAGAAUCUAUUGGAAUUUUUAUGAUAUUACAGAGAAAAUUCUUAUGGCUCAAGUGAAAGGAAGCACAGGUCUUGUAGUAAAGUUACUGCCUUACAAGCUUAAGUUUCUCUUCGAACCUGAUCCAACAAAAGUCUUUUUAUUACGUGGGAGGAUCAAAUUGAAUGAUGUCAUUACUGAAGCUCGUUGCUAUGUGACGUACAAAACGCCCCAGGUUGAGCCCCAAAUCAGAGGCAAUGAGCAACGAAAAGUGGACGUUCGGCAUCCAGUUAUUAUCGACGGGUCCUUAAGCAAGGACAGAAUCAAAGAGACGGAAUCUCUUGACACUAAGCAUUUUUUUUGGAGUUGUCGCAGCCUCGACAAUCCUGAAAACAAAUAUUGUCAUAAAGACAUGUCUGAAAUGCCUAUCAUAAAACUGCCAGCCAAUGCCCUCAAGGCAGGAGCCGUUUACGACUUUAGUUUGACCGUCAUCUCGCAAAUUGAUCAUGAGAAUCGCAGAACCGUCACUCAAAAGGUGAAAGGCGUCUCCGCCAAAACAGUCACGCCUCAAAUCCUGUGCAGGCGGAACUGUGACCUUGGAGUAUAUGCUCCGGUCGAAAGUGUCCACUUGGUGCCCAAAUGCGAGGACUGCCGGGCGAAGAUAAAGCGCUACGAGUGGUGGGUGUUGGUGGAAGGAUCAAAACCGUACUUGGAAACGCGGCACAAAUAUCUAAUCCUCCAGAAUAAGGAGCCCAUUAUUUCCAUUCGGCUGAGGUUGUUUUUGGCGAACAGGAUGUCGGCGGAUGCCUUUUACACGCUUCGCCGGAACGACGGGCCUGAAAAAGGAGCUUGUCGGAUCUCUCCAUCCUUUGGCAUCGAAUCCGUAACCAUUUUUGAGAUCGAUUGCCGCGGAUUUGAGUCGCCCUACUCGCCGGUGACCUUUCGCUACAAGGUGCCGAUGGGCGUGGUCGCCUCGAAUGUGCCAUAUAUGCGAUUUAAUCUUACCUUUCCCGCCACCGAAAAACUUUCGGUUUCGAUUUGCGACACCAUCGAUAUGUGCGUGACCCGGAAGCUGCAAGUGAAAGUGAUUCCGAUGAGGAAUUACCGGUCGACUCACUUCACCCGUCGGAUCAUGAAGAGCAUGGCGAGUGUGCCGGAUUCGUUGGUGCGUGGCCAGUGGAAUAGGGCUUAUGUCAAGGGUCUCAUGGCCACCAAAUGGAUCCGGACGACCAACGAUGGUCGACUGGUGUACUCGUAUUUCGAGAAUGUGAGGGCAAGAACGGGAUCCCAGCUGGAGCAGAUCACCACGCUGGCCACGCACAUAUUGACCCGGCUGUCGCCAGUUGAUUACCGCGGAGCCACCCUAAUGGGGGACAUUUUCAGCCAGCUGUGCCAAAUCUUCGAGAAGAUUAUUAAGGACCGCGAGUGGCUGCAUCGAGAUGCCUACUUCUCGUUGACCGCCAUGCAUAUGUUCUUCAUGUCCGUUCUGGGCAAAAAAUCGGAGCACCAUUCGAAGGCCAUGUGCAAGACCUAUAGUCCAGAGUGCCUCAAUCUGCAAAAGCUUGAUCUGGUGAAGAACUUCACUAUCGAGUUUGAUCCCCUGAUUUUGCUGCGCAUCAAUAGCUGGAUGAUAAGCACCUGGUUCCUGUACAAGUGCGUCUAUUUCCUGGGCGUCCUGGCCACCCAUAGACAUCAUCCCUACGACGACGCCUUGACGGUCCACAAAGGCGGCAUUGCCUACCAGGUGAAUGUGACCGAGGUGACGCGCAACGCCAAAGGCUUCACCCUGGCGACCAUCGACAAAAUCCACGUUAUUGAAGUGUCGGCAGAGCUCCUCCACGAACUGAAAGCCAGCCUGCGACACAGCUCCAUUCUGUUCCAGACCAUCUCGCAGCAGAACCACCACAACAUCUUCUGGUGGUACCCAGAACCACUGCCCUCGAAGACCAGUGUGCUAAUCGUCCACGCCUACAGUCCCGUUGAGUAUUUCAGGAGCGCCCAAGAGUCCGAGUUGAAACAUCCGCUGGUCUACAAGACGAACAUCACCCAGUUCAACGAGGAGUCGUCCUUCACCCCGUGGAUGGCCAACAACAGUAUUGAGAACAGCUCGGAAGUCCACAUAUACAGUAUGAUGCUGGGUCACAAGGCCAUGUUGGGGGUGCGAAUUGUGGGUUGCUCGGAGCCGAUGUACAUCAAGAUGCGGAUGCACAGGUGGCCCAAGCUGAGGGAGCUCAAGCAGGAUGCCUGCCGGGUAGCCCCCGGAAUGGAGGGCAAGCGGAUUUGGAUGGCCAACUCCUGCGGUCGGAGCCAGGCAUUCGUGGCCAUUCAAAGGAAAAAGAGAAAGCUGAAGUGGCUGGUGAGAAAUGACGACGAAUCAGAUUAUAAGACACGGCAGCUUAACUACUCGAUACUGCUGGAGAUAUAUCAGUGCAAUUUCUGGAAGAACCUCUCGUUGGACCCAGGAUGGAGUGAGGACUACUGCACCACCACGUUCGAGCACAGUUUCGGCACAUCCGUCCAGUGCACCUGCUACACCCUGGGCACCCUGUCCUCUCGUAUUUUCCCCAUCUCAGCGGAAUUGGUUGUGGAGUACAUACCCGAACCCAUACUCUUCUUCACCGCCAUCAUGCUGAUUCUAUUUAUACUGCUUUUUAUGCUGCUCAUCAUUAUGUUGAUCAUGAAUAUGGAGUCUCUUUCUGCUCAUCGCAGGGAGCAGAACGUACUGCAGUGCCAAUCGGCCAAGACUGUGGUCAAGAAUAAAGCGGCGACGAUCAGCCACGGAUCGGAGAUAUGCCUGGUCAUUGUGACCGGUGGUCAGGAGUUUGCGGGCACAACAUCGAACAUAAAGUUCUACUUCAAGUCGCCGAAUCGAGAGCAGACGACGUACAAAAUCACUCAGGAUCCGGGACAUCCGAAAUUGUUGAGGAACAGCACUAAUAUGCUGAUGGUUCCCCGGGGCACCAUCUAUAUACCCACCCGACUGUCCCUGGGUAUCGAACGGAAUGGCCGAUAUCCCUCGUGGUAUUGUCGCACUGUCACAGUGGUGGAUCUGCAGUUGAAAGUUCAGCAGCUUUUCGUCGUGAAGAGUUGGAUUGAGCGGGGUCACACGGAGUUCAUGCGCUCCAAGUUCUUCACAGCUGGCAGCUAUAGCAAGUCGCCCAAAUACACUUGGUGCCGCCGUUUAAAGAUCCGUUCCGAGCAGCUGUAUGUCAGCUGGUUUAUGAUCAACCCAAUCACGGGUCCCUGGCAAAGUAGCGUUGGAGGCUUCACCAUGAAUCGCUUCCAACGCACCUCCGUCUGGAUCUGCCAGUUGGCUAUUACCGUGACUGUGGUCUGUCUGUAUUUCGGAGAGAGUACCGCGGAUGUCAUUCAGGAGGAAAUAAGGCAGAACAUCCAAAACUACCUUAAAAUUAGCGCUGUUGCUGCCCUGGCAUUCUACGCAUUUGUCAUAGGCUUGUUUAUACAUUUGUUAUUUGAGGUCCUCAUUUUACGAUGGCUAUGGCCGCAGAACUAA